AUGCCGAAGGCCUCUAUUACAGCCGCCAAACACCGUGUUGAAGAGCAGUUUAACCAUCAUGAAGAAAAGAGAAAGUCCAAGACACAGGCUGCAGUCGACUUUGCACACCAGGCUAAGCGUCUCGGACAAUACACACCAGAGCAAGAGAACGAGGGCACAGGUUCCACACAGGCGGUUGAAGCACGGUUCAUAACUCCGCAAGAUCCUGUCAUCGAAACUGCCGACGGCCAUCGACUACCUGCUGUUCCUCUGGAAGAAGCGACCAAGCUCAACGAGUUGCGAGACAUUAUUGACGACCGUGAUCCUACUAAGAAAGAAUCCUUCUCACCGCGGCUGCGCGAAGCAAAAGAUGGAACGAUACAUGGCAUGAUUUUGAUUUUGUUAAGUACACUAGGGUAUUAA